AUGGUAGGCGGCGGCGGCGACGCCAGGUCGCGGACGCAAGCUGCAAGAGGGCGGAGGCAGAAGGCAGCGUCGCUGCCGUUGGACGUGCUGGUGGACAUUGCGGCGCGCACCGACCCGGCCACCUUCGUGCGCUGCGCCGCCACGUGCGUGGACAUGCGCUGCCGCGUCAAGGAAUACAUCAGCCUCCAUGGCCCCCUCCACCUCCGGCACGGCGACCGCUUCGUGCUCCCCCUCCUGCGCGGCCACCUGAUCUACCGGCAGCGUGACUGGUCAAUGCCAAAGGAGGAGUUAUUUCUGGUGGACACCACCGUGCCGGAUGCCACCAAGCUGCGCAUGGCCACUGGCGGUGGCAUUCCCCUAUCGUCCCGCGAUGGCCUCGUCCUCGCCCGUGUGGGCGUGGCCAAAGAGCUCCGCGUGUGCGACCCGGCGACCGGCAGGAGCCUGACCCUGCCGUCUGAACCGGCGUUUCGUUGGGUGUCUCGGAUAAAUUAUGUCUUGAUCGUCGGCGACCAUGAUGAGGGUGUGACUCCCGUUGGUCGGCAUUUCCAUGUAGUCAUGGCAUACCUAGAUACGUCACAGUACCGCCCUCACCUGAAGCUCCGCACCUACUCAUCGGAGCACGGAGUGUGGGGAUGCUACACUGAGAUUCAGGUCCCUAGCCUGCAAGGCAGCCGCUUGCAGGGACGCCUCAACAAGCCUCUGGUUGUCGGGGGCGCUGUGCACUGGUUUUGCCUGACCGACACCGGUACCUAUGUCCUGAAGCUCAAUGUCAGAGGGGUAAAGGUGAUGGUUACGAAGCUCCCAAAGAGCUUCCCACACCAUGGGCGGCACCCAAAACUUCUGGCAACAUCAUCGAUGGACGGGAAUGUGCUCUUGCUCGUCGCCGACGGCGACAAGAUGUCAGCUUGGGCACAGUCAAAGCAUACAGCCUUGUGGCAGCAACGACCACAUGUGGUGAUCAACAUGACAGAGACAAUUUUGCGUUUCCUUGACAAGGUAGGCGGGAGCUGCAUUCCGCCGACGAAGCCAGUCCAAUUCAACCUAGUGUGGCUCGCCGAGAGGAGCGGCACUGUGCUCAUCAACGCAUGCGACGGUUUCUUCUGGCUCGACCUGCAGUCCAUGGAGAUUGUGAGGUGGUUCUCGGAUCGUAGGGUCCAAUACAUGACCGAGAAUAAUAUCCCCUAUGAGAUGAGUUUGACAGCUUGGGUUCCAACAUUCAGUAGCACUUUCUGAGUAAUUCUUUCCAUUUCCGAUUCCAGUAUCAACUUCAUCAACAACUGUAGAAGCAUGCAUCUACGACUUUGUUGGAAAAAAUAAUUUAAUUUCACAAAUUCUAU